AUGGAUGGUCCCGCGUUGCCGCGUGCAGAGCAGGCCGAGCAGGUGUGCCCCACAAUUUCGACUACGAUAUGCGACUAUGCGCCUGUGGCAAGUGGAGCGAGGGACCAGGGUCAUGCCGCUGUGACCCGUGUGCUGGAGGUCCUGACGGGAUUCCCCAUGGACGAUGCGGCAGCGCGGCUCCGCAGCUUCGGGGUUGACUUCGCUCCCGGGCGAGCCAUGGCUUUCACGGCCGCGGCCGAGAUGGCGAUUCCCAUGCCCGCGCGCGGGAUGGCCGAGGCGGGCCGGGACUCUGCCAGUUUCCGCACGGGCGGGGCGCCGCCCCGAGCGGCCGCCCUGGCGAGCGAAGCGCGGGCGCUUCCCGAGGCGGCGGCGGGCAGGUUGGAGGUGGCAGCCGGGGCGUUGCCCGACGGGUGCGCUUCUGGGACUGGCGGUUCGGGCGCUGCGGCCACGGGCUCGGCGAGGGCGGUGCCGGUGCCGCCGCUGGUGCAGCAGGACAUGGAGUGCGCGCGGCAGCCGCUGCCGGGGCGCCUAUUCCGAGGCACGGAUGCGCCGCGCGCAGGGCGACUGAUGCUGGGCCUCGAGGCCGACGGCGAGCGCAGGGCGAAGCUGCUGUCGCACGAGGGGCGGGGCAACGGCACGCUCUGGCUUGCGAUCCCGCACCAACGCUGGAGCAAGCCGGCACGGCGGUCUGGCAGGUGGCCUCCCUGCCGCCGCAUGGGCGCGGAGCUUGCCCCGCCCGGGGCCACGCGCCGCCUGCAGCGAGCCUCCGCGGUGGACGACGCCGGCGAAGCCACGCGGGACUGUGGCGAGCCCGUCGGCCGCCGCGCGGCCCACGUUCUGGCCAGCCCCCGAGCGCAUGCUGGGGCCGUGCGCGGCCUCGAGGACGAGCUGCGCGCCGCGGGGGCGGUCGUCGACAUCGAGCGCUGGGACACGGAAGUGUGCCAGGUCAGAGCUGACGGGUCGGUCUGCGAGGCGGUCAUGGACUUCGUCGUGGGCUUCCCAUCUACUGCUCAGCCGUGGUGGCUGGACGUCAACGUCCAGACGCCUUUCCGCAGCUCCCUGCCCGCGGCCAGCUGGGUUGCCCGCGCGGAGGCGACGGCGGCUGGGGACCGCGCCAAGGCGGCCCGCUGCGGCGACGCAGUCCGACGGCGCGCGCGCUCGCGGAGCGCACCAGCACGCUGGUCGUGCUUUCGGUGCGCCGACGCGACGCUGGCUGCGCUGGGGCACAACGGCCUCGCGCGCUCCUUAGGCUGCCUGCUCGCGCGGCGCCAGGCCCCGGGCGGACCGAUGGGUAACGCGCUGUCAGGCUUCGCGGACGCAUCCGCCCCAAGGGUCAAGAAGGCGAAGAGCCGGCUGAUGAAGCUCGGCUCGAAGGCGUGGUGGCUCGGCGGCCACAUAAUGUGGACCGCCGCGACGGCCAGUAUUGUCCUGGUGGUGCCGGUCUUCUUCAUGUACGAGAAGGAGUGCCAGCUGUACGAGCAGAUGGCGCAGAUGCAGACCGCCCAGAUGAACGAUGCGGACGUUGCCCUGAGCUCCGAGCUCGAGGACGACCACGCGGCCCGCGUGGCGGCCUUCGAGGGAGCCCUGCGGUCGAUGUACGCCGCGCUGCCGAAGAACGAGCACGGAAAUCUGGAGCACCAGGCCGUGCGCUACGUGCUCCACCGCCUGUUCGUGCAGCGGCACGGCUGGUACAUCAAGGGCCUCGACCCCAACGGCCCCGCGCCCAGCCCCAACGGCACCACCGACAACGUCUCGCAGGACUGGCUGCCAGCCUACCUGCAGGCCCGCCUCGAGGCGCGGUCCGGCGGGCGCGGGGCCGUGCUCCACGAGCUCGCGGCCCUGGCCGCCGCGCUGGAGGACCUGGUCCAGAAGGAGGCAGUGGAUCGGCUUCGCCUGGCCUACAAGGUGCUCCAGCUCGACCCCGAGGGGGGCAUCGAGCGCAAGCAGGCGGAGGACGUGAUGUUCACCGCGUUCCUGUCCUUCCUCGUUGCCAACAAGUUCUCCGCGGAGACCCCUGAAGAGGUGCACAAGAAGCAGCAGAUCUUCGCGAGCAAGUACAAGGAUUGGGAUGCCGCGAAGGACUGGUUCGCGGCCAACAUCAUGGAGAGCAGCGCGUCGCCGGACGGAAGGUACGACAUCAGGACCACGUCGCGGAUGGCCGUCACCAUGGGCGAGAAGUACCACGAACUGAACGACCUGGAGUGCAAGAGUCUGAAGUCGACGAUGCUCGAGCUGGAGGACCGGAAGGCCGGGAGGGUGCAGCUUUCCGCUUUCUACAACCGGAGCAUGCACAGCCAUUGGAGGUUCACCGAGAAAGCCGAGUACCUCAGGAGGAUCGGCGCCCUGGACGAGACCAACGCGACAAAGCCUAUGGUGAUCGUCCCUAACUACGUCAUGGGCCGCAUGAACUGUCUCGAAUCCUCUGGCAUCUACUCCCUGUGCUGCCGAAACGAGUGCGAGGACCUCAUGGGCCGCCUCGAGCAGGAGAUCGGGUCGCCGAACGCCCCGGCGGACCGCGUCAUGCAGCUGGUGGCUGGCCUGGCGUCGGACACAGUGCUCGCCCCGCGCACACUCCCCGACGAGUUGCGAAGCCGCCUUGUGGAUGUCGCGGCGAGCAACGGUGGCCUUGUCCCGCUCCACAGCCGGCUCUUCGCCCAGUGGAUGCACCACGCCUACCCGCGCGAGUGCCCCUAUCCGCACGAGCCUGGCACCGCGGGUGCUCAGACGCCCGACGAGUGGAUGCAGGAGACUGGUCAAGCGAGCAACCUGGCGUCUGCGGAGGAGAUGCAGGAGCACAUAGAGUCCUGCCCCGUGGACCCAGGCGGCAGCGCGGAGCUGCCCUGGAGCACUGUUGACGCGCACUUCGCCUCGCUGGGCCCCGCGAGCCCCGCGGCCUCCACACAGACGGCGGGCCCCGCGGUCGCCGCGGCCGAGGCCGCCAGCGCUGCCGCCGGCAGGCCGGCGGCGGCCUCCGGAGCCGGCCGCGGCUCGGGGCGCCUCUGGGCGCUGGCCGUGGCGGCGGCGGCCGCGGCCGCCUGCGCGCACUCCGUGGGCCUGCGCGGCCAGGAGCUGGGCGGCCCGCACCGGGGCUCGAGCCUGCGCGGCGUGCUGGACGGGGUGUCCGAAGAGGAGGCGCGGUGGGCAUGGGCGGCAAAGCGUGCGCGCCCCGCGCUCCUGCUGGUGGCCUGUGUCCUGCUCCUCGUCGCGCUGGAGCUCCUGGACUUCACGGCGCUGGCGGCGGCGGCCGUCGCCGGGCUGCUCGCCCUGGGGGUGCGCGCCGCCCUCGCGUCGCCGCCCUGGGGGCCCAGCGGCAAGCGGUGCGCCGUGUGA